CCGGCAGAGCCUUUCGGGAGGCAGCCGCAGCGGGAUAUUUUGCGUACUGGAGGGUGGAUGGACACCCCCUGCCCCGGGAGAUGGGAGGCUUCUCUCUCUGGAGCAAGCGGCUCAUUUGGGAAAGAGAAGCCCCGGUUGUCCCGGUCACUCCUUUGGAUGGGAGGCCACCAGGAGAUCCAAUUCUCCGGCUGACAGGAUACUCCUGUCUCCCAUCUGUCCCCUCUGGCGACAACCCUGCGAGGUGGGCUGGGCUGGGCUGAGAGGGAAGCCCCGGCCCGAAGCGGGUCUGGGAUAAUUCGCCACAGGACAAAAGAGUCCCACUAAUAUCAAAGAAAAGGUCGAAUCGAAUCGUUAAAGAAAGGAGGCCAGAGGAGGGAGAGAGUGAACUGCGAAUGGCAAAAAUUAAAAAUUUAUUUUAAAUACGUAAAUAUAAUAAUGAAAUAAAAAUAAUAGAAUAGAAUUUUUUAUUGGCCAAGUGGGAUUGGACAAACAAGGAAUUUGUCUUGGUGCAGAUGCUCUCAGUGUACAUAAAAUAUACCUUCAUCAAGGUGCAACACUUAGAACACUUAAUGAUAGUCAUAGGGUACAAAUGGGCCGGUGAAUAGCGCAGGCUGGUAAAAGCCUGUUAUUAAGAACACAGCAGCCUGCAAUUACUGCAGGUUCGAGCCCGGCCCAAGGUUGACUCAGCCUUCCAUCCUUUAUAAGGUAGGUAAAAUGAGGACCCAGAUUGUUGGGGGGGCAAUAAGUUGACUUUGUAAAUAUGCAAAUAGAAUGAGACUAUUGCCUUAUACACUGUAAGCCGCCCUGAGUCUUCGGAGAAGGGCGGGAUAUAAAUGUAAACAAAAAAAAUAAUAAUCAGGAACCAAUAUCAGUAUAAAUCGUAAGGAUACAAGCAACAAAGUUACAGUCAUACAGUCAUAAGUGGAAAGAGAUUGGUGAUGGGAACGAUGAGAAGAUUAAUAGUAGUGCAGAUUCAGUAAAUAGUUUGACAGUGUUGAGGGAAUUAUUUGUUUAGCAGAGUGAUGGCCUUCGGGAAAAAACUGUUCUUGUGUCUAGUUGUUCUGGUGUGCAGUGCUCUAUAGCGUCGUUUUGAGGGUAGGAGUUGAAACAGUUUAUGUCCUGGAUGUGAGGGGUCUGUAAAUAUUUUCACGGCCCUCUUCUUGAUUCGUGCAGUAUACAGGUCCUCAAUGGAAGGCAGGUUUUAAGCAUCUUUGGGGCAACAUGAUAGAUCCUGUUGAAAACAAUUUGUUUGAUCUUCCUGAUUAUGAACACACCCAUGAUGAGACCUUUCAGCCUCUCCUACCCCCAGACUCUCCAGGGGGGGCAGCUGAAGAUGCCAUACUUAAUGGAGAUCCAGAAGAAAAUCAGUUGACACAAAGCAAGGAUGUGACCACAAGGAGAGCUGUUAAAAGAACAAUACCUAAACUAGAUGCUCAAAGAUUAAUUUCAGAGCGAGGACUUCCAGCUUUGUGCAAUUUGUUCGACAACGUAAAAUUCAAAGGCAAAGGUCACGAGGAAGCCGACCUAAAGACGCUUAUAAGGCACAUGGAACAUUGGGCCCACCGCCUCUUCCCUCAACUUCCGUUUGAAAAUGUUGUGGAGAGAAUAGAAAGCUUGGGAAAUAAAAAACCUGUUCAGACCUGCUUAAAGAAAAUUCGACUUGACCUCCCUCUUUCGAACGAAGACUUCAGAAGUCAUGAAGGUGAAGAGGAGAACAACAGACUAAGCCCAGCCGCCGAGGAGCCAGUUUUCCUUCCUGAAAUGCAGAAUACCCCAAAACAAUCUGUUUCUCCAUCUUUAAGUCCUGCCCUGACUGAGGAGCAACAACAGAGAAUAGAAAUGAACAGACGAAGAGCCCUUGAAAGAAGACAAGCCAAAAACCAGCUCAGUCAAUCUCAGAGCGAUGUGUUGCCUAUAAAUGAAGAAUGCAGCACCAUUACAACUCAGGAGAAGGACGAUGUCUGCCUAGACAAACCUGGUGUCUCUUUUCAAACUACCGAGGACACGCAAAGUAGUAUAGACCAAGUGACUUUUUAGUUGUGUGGUAUAGGAAUAGCGUAGUUUUGUUUUUACUGUAACUUUAGAUAUCGGGGCGGGUUAAUUUGGCAGCUGCUAUAAUUUUCAGUGUUUUCUGCUCUGCCAGCAUUUUAAAGAAGUGUUUUCAUUUCAGUGGAAGAACAUUUUAAGCUUUAAA